CAGGAAUUGUAUACGUUGCCGUGCGAAAGUUUUCUCUACGUCGAAGGAACAUUGACGGUGACCAGAGCAGCCGGCCAAGCCGAUAACGUGGUAUUGGGGAAUAAUUGCGUCGCGUUCAUGUUCGAUGAAAUUCGAUACGAGCUCGACGGUGUGGAGAUUGAUCACUGCAGAAACGUAGGAAUAACCAGCACGCUCAAGAACUACGACAGAAGCGUGAUUCUGCGAAACGCGGGCUGGGAACCGCAUAAUAACGCGAACGGAUACUUCAAUUUCUGCGUACCGCUCAACCUGUUACUGGGAUUUUGCGAGGAUUACAAACGCGUGUGGCGAAUGCCUCACGUGGUAUUGAGCGAGGUCAACAAACUGUCGAUGCUGCGCGCCUUGGAAAACAGACGAUAUCUAAACACGACCAAGCACUCGUGGGCCAUUAAGACCGCAACUCAGCUCGAGAAACCGCGAUACGUCGUCUUCGCUUUGCAAACGGGUCGGAAGAACGUCAUGUCCGCGGACACGAGCCGAUUCGACGACUGCAAACUGACCAACGUGAAACUCUACCUAAACUCGGAAGUCUAUCCGUACGACGAUUUGAAUUUGGACUUUGGUAAACACAGAUGGGCGAUUCUGUACGAUAUGUACGCGCGUUUCUGCAAGGGCUAUUACGGAUACGAAUAUCUCGAGCCGAGUCUUACCGUUUCAACUUUUCUACAUAACGGCCCGUUUGUGAUCAUUGAUUGCUCUCGACAAAACGAAUCCGUCAAAAACGCCACCGUGGAUGUCAGACUAGAAUUCGAUUGCAUGUAG